AUGCGUGUCAAGGCGCGCGAAAUGAGGGAUGUCAAAGUAAGAAACUCUCCGCAGAUUCACAGAAGCGCUGCCAACUUGAAAUCAGCCCUACAAAAAGCGCGGGAAAUCCUCUCCAUGGCUACACUGUCGCCACUGAGUUGUUCUCGUCUCCAGACUCCAACUGGUAGUACCUCGGACAUAAGUGACAGCGCGAGUCAAAGUAGUGAUUAUGGGUACUCUCCACUACACGGUGCAGUGAUAUCCAAUGAUGUAGAAUACCUGGAUUUUCUGUUAGGAUCUGGUUGCGAGCGGUUAGAUCAGAGAGACGAGAAUGGUUUUACUGCACUUCAUGUCGCAACUUUGCAGAAGUCCAAUAUUGGCGUGCAUCGUUUGAUAAAAGCUGGCUGUGAUAUUGAAAAACCUACUAAGGAAGGGAUGUCUUCUUUACAUAUAGUUGUAGAUCUAGAAGACAAUCACUACUUGCUUUGUCUACUUGCUUCGUCUAUUCCCAAUAUAAACAUCAGGAACAAGGUUGGGCGGACAGCACUUCAUGUCGCAGCCAAAUCAGGAAACCAGGAGUACAUAGAAAUCUUGCUUGACUUUGGUUGUGAUCGUGAAAUCAAGGAUAAAUUCGGAAAGAAAGCGGUUGACAUUGCAAAGGCAAAUGGCCAUGAUGAUUGCGUCCAGGUUUUAAUGUAUUACAUUGYCAAGAAGAGAGUUUUUGAAACGCAGGAAGAUGAAAAUGGUAACUUAAAAAACGUUAAGUUCGAGACGACGCCUKUSCCUAACAGCAAUAGGAAAAGACAAGAGGAGAAAAUAAAAGUGGAUUUAGAUACAGCAUCGCCUGAAGACUUAACGUCCUCAUUAAACGACACCAARGAACAGUGGCAUUUACAUGAUCAAGAAGACUUAACGACUUUUCAUCAUGCAAAACGAGACUGUGAAGGUAAAGAGGUCGUCAGCCAAAUAGCUAAAGAAUAUUUUUUGGAUGAAGACACCUCAAUGAAGACAGAUAACACGCAGUUCUUUUCACGGAAURACACGGCGCAAGGGAAUGGUACAAGUGAUCUCACUGUCGUUUUGUCGCCUGAAGUCUUGGACAAUGCAAAUAAUGAAGAUGACAAAAACAAUGAAGAAAAUGUUAAUUUGGAGCUGAAUAUCUUGUACCAAAAUGGUUUUGAGGCUUCCUCAAGAUGCAUUGUGGACCUUAGUACUUUAUUGCCCAAGCGAAAGCCAAAUGGUAUUUAUACUUCUGAUAAUAUAUGUUCUUGUCUCGCCAUAAAAGAAGCCGAUCACCUUUAUUGCGAAAAUUGUGCUUAUAGGAAGCACUGGAAGAGCUUGAAAGAAUUGAAUAUUGUGAUUUGUAGCAUUUGUGGAUCAACAGAAUCACAAAACGAUUGGUCGUCCGACUUGGAGAUUAAAAAGAGAGAAGUAUGUGAGCUCAAACAUGAAUUACAAUUUUUUGAUACAAGUAUAAUGCCAUUACRUGUUUUGUGGAUGGCCGGAGAYGUACUUUGGCGUCAUAAACUAAACAAAGUGUYCACAAAACACGUUAAUUUCAAUCGCUGUCACGAUGCGAGAACUCASUCGAGUGAUAUUAUUGGUCAGCUUUUGCAAGGUUUGAAGUUGACUUUAAACGGGAAAUCUUGCAACCAUAGCAAGACUUCCCAUGGUSUAAACGGACAACGACUCAUCAGUGAAGACCUCGUAGAUCAAUUCUYCAGAGCUAUYAAAUUGAUGCCCAUACAGCAAGAWAACGCAUACGAARUGCUGGAGAAAUUUUGCAACAGUCUUCAAYCUGCAUCAACCUAUAAAACUUUGGUACACAGAAUUUUUACUCGGAGUGAACUAAUAGGAUAUUCAAGGACAUAYAAACAYACCACUUCAGAAAAUCUUGAGAUCRUUUUGCUCGCGUUUGAUUAUAUUUUACAGCAUAAGAAGACUUCUGGUCUUUUUGCAAUGUGCUUUCUUGAAUUCUUCAUGAAUUCAAUUGAAUSUGUAAUUCCUGUCAUCGUUUUAAGACCGGAGUUUGUGGAGGCUGUGWUACACAAGGCAGUUAAUGAUGAGAUUUGGGACGAAGAUAAAGUUGCAGAAGUAUUUAUCCUUCUUUCUGAUGCUCUAGUUGAAGAUGUUGCAUUACUUUGCAGAUGCGUUGAUGUUAUCCUGAGURCAGCUUUUACAUGUCGACRUWURAAUAAGAUGGCUGUAAGCUCUUGYAUCCUAGUUCGCAUGGGGCUGUUGAAGAGUGAGUUUGAAGUCAAUAYUUGUAGACAACURAAAGGCGCAUUGUUGGCAUUAGAACACGUUUUCUAUCAAGAAUACUUUCCAGCAUGCCUUGCGGGUUUGUUUUCGUCUUUUUUGGYMAAGCCGAGCCCACKUUUUCGURAAGUAAACCUACCUCGUAAGCAAGCCCUGAAAGCUGCAAUGCUGAAAGAAAUUCUACAGCCUACUAUGUCCCUUGGCAAAGGCUUGAAGCGCAUUUGUGAUGUUCUCGCUCAAGGAGACUUCUGGGAAACAGCAUUACGUUGCAGCGAAGCCUUGGUUGAGGAAUCGCUUACUGUGAAUACAACUUUUACACCAAUGGAACAGGGCUCAUCAGUUUUAGUUUAUUUUGGUUUGAUCAAAAGCGAGUUUCCUGUCCAACUUAUAGAGAAUGUUGGGGACGGAUUGAAACUACUGAGGCAUGCUGCUGARCRCAAUGAUAUCCCACAAUCCAUUGCACCAAUGCUGGUCAUKUUCUUUAAGAAGAGCUCAAGUAAAAUGCACCUUUACAAAGAGGAAGUCGAAGAACUUCAAAAGUUAUUGACCAAAUGACGUUCAUAUAUCUUAUAAAUAAAUAUUUAAUAACAUUUGAAUUAAGAUACACACGAUAAAAUCUGCGUUUUGACGAAAAGCAUUAAGUGGUAUAUAUCCCAAACUCUAAAAAGUUGUAGAAACAUAUUAUAUUUUAUUUAAAAUUUGUAAAGUACAUUUAAAUAAUAUCAUUUAUUUUGUAUGAGUAGAUAUUAUAUAUUAUUUAUGAACUGUAUUAAUUAUYAUUUUAUUCAGUUUCUUCCGGUUCUCCGUCUUCGAGCUGCUUUUCGUCGUUUUUGUGUUUUAGCRGUCAAUUUGKUUUUUUCCUUGCAAGAUUUUGUACCCUUGAUUCUAGGAAACAGAGAGUAAAUGGGGGUUUAGUUAGCGAGACCUAUAUAUUCUAUCCGUCUUCAKGAUCAGUUUGAGUUGCCCGAUGGUGCUCCGUCCGC